AUGGGUUUGGAUAAAUUCGAAUUCGUUCAGGAACAAAUCAAGGAAAAAGUCGAUUGCUUCGUGACAGAUGGAAAGACACGGUUACCUAAACCAAAUGAGUUCCACUACCGAUGUAAUUAUCUUUACAGGGCAGCAAGUUUAUUGUGUUCACAAUCAUCUGGUAAUAAUGGGCUGGAAACGCUAAGCAAACUUUACCUUCGUGAAAUGAAAGAAUUGUGUUUGGUUGAAAUGAUACGAUUGGAAAAAGAUUUUGGUCGUACAAUCUGUAAGCACUGCAAGAAUAUUUUUGUUGCUCGCUUUGAUGGCACCCAGUCGAUUACCGUAAGACUCAACAAGAAGAAACAAAUGAUAAGAACAUGUCUUAACUGUGGAGCUAAAAAGCAUUUCUUAAGAAACACCAGGUAUCUCUCUCGAAAUGAACGAGAUCAACAUCAAAUAGAAACUGAAAUGCAGCAACAGCAAGUGCCGGCUGAAGCAAUUCAUUAA